AUGCGCUUUGCAAUUGGUGCUACCGCUGCGCUCGCUGCCGCCUUUGUGCGCGCAGAAGACGCCAGCUCCCCCGAAGCCGAGGCCUCGCCCUCAUCCGCCAUCACAAAGCCUACCUUCAAGGCCUCAACAGUCAAGGCACCCUUCCUCGAGCAAUUCACUGACGACUGGGAAACUCGAUGGAAACGCUCAAAUGCGAAGAAGGAGGUCAAUGACGAAGAAGAGUGGGCAUACGUUGGUACCUGGGCUGUCGAGGAGCCUUCUGUGCUCAAGGGCAUUGAGGGUGACAAGGGAUUGGUUAUCAAGGACCAGGCCGCCCAUCAUGCCAUCUCCGCCAAGUUCCCCAAGGCCAUUGACAACAAGGAUAACACCCUCGUUGUUCAGUACGAAGUCAAGCUUCAGAACGGUCUUGACUGCGGUGGUGCAUACCUGAAGCUCCUCCAGGACAACGCGGCCCUUCACGCUGAGGAAUUCUCCAAUGCCUCGCCAUACAUCAUCAUGUUUGGUCCCGACAAGUGCGGUGCUACCAACAAGGUCCACUUCAUCUUCCGCCACAAGAACCCCAAGACCGGCGAGUACGAGGAGAAGCACCUCAAGAACCCUCCUAUGGCGCGUAUUGUCAAGACCUCGACCCUCUACACUCUGAUCGUCAAGCCCGACCAGACCUUUGAGAUCAAGAUCGACGGCGAGUCUACUCGCAACGGUACCCUCCUCGAGGAUUUUGAUCCCGCUGUCAACCCCCCAGAGGAGAUUGACGACCCCAAGGACUCCAAGCCCGAAGACUGGGUUGAUGAGGCCCGUAUCCCUGACCCCGAGGCUACCAAGCCCGAGGACUGGGACGAGGACGCUCCAUUUGAGAUUGUCGACGAGGAGGCCACCAAGCCUGAAGACUGGCUCGAGGAUGAACCCAAGACCAUUCCUGACCCAGAGGCUGAGAAGCCCGAGGACUGGGAUGACGAGGAGGAUGGUGACUGGAUCCCACCCACUGUUCCCAACCCCAAGUGUGACGAAGUCUCUGGCUGCGGCAAGUGGGAGCCUCCUAUGAAGAAGAACCCUGCCUACAAGGGCAAAUGGACCGCUCCUUUCAUCGACAACCCUGCUUACAAGGGCGUCUGGGCUCCCCGCAAGAUUGCCAACCCUGACUACUUCGAGGACAAGACCCCGGCCAACUUCGAGCCCAUUGGCGCUAUUGGUUUCGAGAUCUGGACCAUGUCCAAGGACAUUCUCUUCGACAACAUCUACAUUGGCCACUCCAUCGAGGACGCUGAGAAGUUCAAGGCUGAUACAUUUGACAUCAAGCACCCCGCUGAGAAGGCAGAGGAGGAAGCCACCAAGCCCAAGUCUGAGGAUAAGCCCAAGUCACCCUCUGACCUCGUCUUCCAGGAUGACCCGGUUCUCUAUGUCAAGGAGAAGCUCAACCUCUUUGUUGAGAUUGCCAAGCGUGAUCCCGUCGAGGCCAUCAAGUUUGUUCCCGAGGUUGCUGGCGGUAUCGGCGUUCUCGCUGUCACCAUCAUUGCCAUCCUCGCCACCGCUCUUCUCGGAUCCGGUGGUGCUCCCUCAGCAGAGCAGGUCAAGGCUCAGGCAAAGAAGGCCAAGGACGCUGCCGGAAAGGCCAAGGACAAGGCUGCCGAGGCUGUCGCUACUGGAUCUGAGAAGGCUCAGGCCGAGGUGAACAAGCGUAACACGCGAGCAAAUGCCUCAUAA